AUGAAGGCUCCUCGGACCUGGAUCUCAUUUCUACUCUUGGCCCUGCUGGGCUGCGCGGACGCGUACACAUCCGUGGUGACAGUUACCGAGACUGGCCAGAGCACCGUGACUCAGACCAGCACCAGUGUCUUUGCCAUUACUACCACCACUAGCAUCUGCUCAGUGGCCAGCAGUGCUGUGACCCAGUCCUGCUCAAAUGGGGUCUGGUCAGCAGGCUCGAACUACUACUCCGCGAACUGCGGAGGGUUGUCUCUCAGCGGCGCGACAACAAUUCGUGCCUAUGCAGGCAUUCCCUAUGCAUUGUGCUACCAAUUCUGUAGCGAGAUUUCCACCUGCGUGGGGGCCAAUAUAUACCAUAUUGGUGCAGUUACCGAUUGCUUUUUGAUCAGCGGUACGCCAACUGUCGUGGCAGCUGCUUCAACGAUGUCGGUGAUCGAAGUCUUGACGACCAAUCCUUGUGUGGAAACGAUAAUUAUGACAUCUAGCACGACUGAAACUGUGGUAUUGACCGUUGACUAUACCACCACUUCUAUCUCGACAACUAUUGUCUCAACCCCGACCCCGACUCCUGCUCAGACUCCAGUGUCAUAUUCCAUACUGCUAUCAUCGGUGGUAUCCAGCGCGGCUCAGUCAUCCUCUACUCCAGUAGCUUCUCUGUCCAACUCCAUGCCCGUUGCACCUUCUUCCAUUCCUUUCAAGUCAUCUCCUGCUAGCUCACCUUCGCUAUCGAUUAUUGUAUCGCCAAGCGCAGUUCCAAGCAUAUUCCCUAGUUCUAUACCUGUCCCAUCUUCAUCCAUUCCUUUCAAGUCUUCAUCGUCGCUCAUUGCAUCCUCAAGCGCAUCCUCAAACCCAUCCCCCAGUUCUAUUGCCGUUGUGCCUUCUUCCAUUUCUCUCAAGCCCUCUCCCGCUAGCUCGCCCUCCUCAUCGCUCAUUGCCUCCCCAAUCUUGUCUUCAAUUUCGUCACAUGUGUUCUCUUCUUCCACUGCAAGUCUAUCUCUGUCUUCCUCAUUUCGCGCACCCUCUAAGAGCCUGCAACUGUCACCGGUAUCCUCUCCAAGACCAAAAUCAUCUCCAACCGGUUUCUUGACUCUUCCGGGAACUGUUUCUUCCCAAUCUGGAUCACAGCCCUUAGAAUCCGGUCUGGACGAUACGCCGGCUACGACUGCACCGGAAGGUCCUCCUGCUCGUGUGACAUCGAGCGGGGAUAUCAUUACUGAAACUAUCUAUACCACCGUCGUCUCUACCGUCUACAAGUGCGCCUCUACAGUGAAGGAUUGCCCCUUCUCUGAGAGAACUCCCUCACCAGUGACGCAAAAAAUGCCCACUGCAACGUCUGUCUACUCGAUCAGCACUUCCACUGUCUAUGAAACCCGCACUCACACCAUCAGUGCGUGCCCACUGUGGAAGAGAAAGUGUCGCCCGUCCGAAAUGACCACGUCUAUGGCCACUGAGACUAGCGAGGCUUACACGACUACGGUUUGGGUUCCAAUAGCAAGCACACUGCCUACUAUCACCAUUACUGAUAUAGAGACCAAAACUCGAGAUGAGCUGUCUCCUCCUUCAGAGACCACUUGA